AUGGCGCCGCCGGUACGACAUUCGCCUCCGUGCACACGCGCAACUAGCGCUGCGAAGAGAACCACCGGCCAACAAGUUGAUGAAACGCUCGUCCAACUCGUGAAUGUGAAUCCCGAUAAUCAUCAGAAUCAAGAUCAAGCAACGAAUCCUGGUGAAGAGACCAACGAAGUAACGUUCUCCGAGCGACCCAAGCAAGGAAGCCAAGAGAAGACGGCGGCAGCAAUCAACGUCGACCAAGAGGAACCUCCGAAAUUCAAUGGUAGGUCAGACCCUAUCGAUUGGCUGCGCGAGUUCAAACGCGUGGCAAGCUUCAACGGGCACACCAAAACCCAAAUGCUCGCGAACGCUCCCUUCUGGCUUGUUGGAGAAGCCCUCGAUUGGUUCGACAAUGAAGAUGAUCAGGUCGACCAGUGGGAAACGUUCGAAACGAAAUUCCGUGACCGCUUCGUGGAUACAACAAAAAUCAGCGAAGAAGCACGUGAGAAACUGAAGAGAUUAAUCUACGAGAGAGGCACAUCAUUUACCGGACAUCUCGAGUCCGUCCUCAAGCUGUGCAGAAAACUCGACUCCAGACUCAGUGAAGACGAGACAAUUCGGAAAGUGAUCCAGACGUUUCCACGAGAUCAGGCUAUGACACUG